AAAUAAAACAUAUAUUCUUUUCCCCUCACUUCUCGUUUUGGGUGUAUUUGAGAAAUAAAAAUUGUUAGUGAGAAGCGAAUCAAGUCAAGAUAAUGGACGAACUUGUGGACCUGGGAGAUCCCUAUCUGUAUAUGAUUGGCAUACCAGCUGAACUUCCCCUGCACUGGACCUACAUCACAGAUUUUCUAAGCCCACAAGAAGUUCGUCAACAACACGACGAACCAAAUGUGGAAGUAAUGCCCCUCUCACAAUGGCAGCCCCUAGAAGAGACCACGGACUUCGAAGUGGUGCCCUUGCCCCAAGAACCGAGCAUUGACCUAUCGGCUGCUGGCGAUGGACAUCACGUCAUUCCGCGGAUCGCUGAUAACGAGAGGCCGGCUGUGAUCAUCUUUCGGCCCAAAAGAAAGUCAAUACCCUGGUUGAGUUGGAAGCGUCUUAUGCCGGUGAUCAUUGCGAUCUCGAGUAUUCUCUUCAAGAAGAUACUGUCCCUUUUCGGAAUCGAACUAAAUCAAGUCUUUGCCCUCGGCCUAUCAUACAAUGUCCAUGUAGCAAUUUUUCAGUGCUUUAUCGAAUGUCUUGCGACCUAAUGGAUAAAAGUAGCCAAAGCAGCUUAUAGUAUUUGGCAUAUAACUGUGUUUUAAAGCGUGCUUUCAAACAAAAAUGGCAUAAUUUUUAA